AAUAAAGAAUUUUCCAUCUAUCUACUUUGUCUAGCCACUUAUCUAGCCGAUUGUUAGUUGUUGCUAUGGACACAAAGACCGCUUGGCAACGGUAAGCCCUUGGCGCAGGCGCAGUCCUCUUAAAUGAUGCACUGUGGGAUUGCAGGACAUUGACAUAGCAACCAGGCGACAGAGUCACUAAGUUUUUCACUCCUAGUUAGUUUCGUGUAUUUUUUCUUGGUUAAAAGUACUUAGCUUGGCUUUUUAUUUACUACCAUGAAUGCGGCAGUGGUGAAAAAGACCCAGGACACGUUGGGCAAAGUGAUAAAGAAGCCGCCGCUCACCGAGAAACUGCUAAGCAAGCCUCCUUUUCGAUACCUGCACGAUAUCUUCAGUGAGGUCAUCAGGACUACUGGUUUUAUGAAAGGCCUGUAUGAAGAAAACGAAAUGAAGUCAGACAGUGUAAAGAUGUCCAGUGAUGACGCAGUGAAGCGAGUGCUUAAAGGAGAAAAAGUGGACAUUAAAACCAAAGCCAGUACCUCUAGGUCCCAGGACAAGGAGAAUAGGGAGGGACGGGAACAUCAUGUGGAUAGAGAGGAGAAGAAGAAGAUCACAGAGCGCAGCAGCAGCCGGGACCAGAAAGACCCAGACCAGCCCAAAGAACAGGAGAGCCGACGCAGAGAUGGAGAGAAAGAGCACCAUCGUGACAGAGAGCGCUCGGAAAAACACCAUCGCAGCGAACAGGACCGCCAUGCAAAAGACCGUGACAAGGACAAGAGUCGAGACCGGGAACGAGACAAAGACAAAGGACGAGUCAGGGACAGAGACAGAGAGAGAGAUCGAGACAGGGAAAAGGACAAAGAGAGAGACAGAGAAAAGACAAGAGAGCGAGAUUCUCACAGAGAGAGAGACAAGGAAAAACGAAGAGAUCGAGACAGAGAAAAAGAAAGAGAACGACACAAAGAUGGGGAUGAGAGGAAGAGAAGUGGAGAGAGCGAAAACAGCAAGGUCCGAAUAUCAGAGGAACAGCAAAAACCAUCCCCUGAAGAGCCCAUUAAAACAGCCAAACCUGCACCAGCGGAACCAAAUCCAGCUGAAGAGCUCACAGAAGCAGCUGAGAACCAGUCUAAGAGUCCAGUGAGAAUACCUCGGCCUGCAUCUGCCAAGGGGCAGCGGCGAAGACCCAAAAUGGGAGAUCAAGAAGAAUCUGACAGUGAAGGCGGUGAGUGCUUGCUCUCUUUUAUGAGUUCAUUUAAAGAAAACCAAAUUUCUCCAUUCUUCAACAGUAGACAAAUAGCACGGCCCAGCAGUGCUCGCCCAGCACCUCCUCGAGUCAAGAGACAGGAAAGCUACACUGAUGCGAGCCCGGCUGAGAGGCUCUCUAGUGCCAAGCCCUCGGCACCCGUCAUCAUGGAUGGAAAAAAGAUCGCGGAGGAAGAUGAGGAUGAUGAUGAACAGUUUCUUGUGGAGGAGGCAGUCCCUCCACCCUCAGGUGCUCCUCAAGUGGAGGUGGAACCUACCCAAGAACUAGACAAAGAUGAGAAACACGGUGGCCUCGUGAAAAAGAUCCUUGAGACCAAAAAAGACUACGAGUCGUCCCUGGUGUCCCUGAAAUCUAAAGAACAGAAUUUGGUGUCUGAAGCAGCGCAGAAAAAGGAGCGGGAUAUGGUGACAAAAGAAAUCGAACGGCUGCGCUCAUCCAUUCAGCUGGUGUGCCGUAGUUCCCUACCUUUAGGCAAGAUCAUGGACUACAUCCAGGAGGACAUGGAUGCCAUGCAGGCUGAACUGCUUUCCUGGCGGCGGGAAAACAAGGAGCACGCACAGGCCUUGCUGCAGGAGCAGAGAGCGACAGAUCGGGCAGUGGAGCCUCUUAAAGCUGAGCUAGCUGAGCUGGAGCAGCUGAUUAAGGACCAGCAGGACAAGAUUUGUGCUGUACGGUCCAACAUACUGAAGAAUGAAGAGAAGAUCCAGAAAAUGGUGACUGGAAUCAAGGUCUCCUCCAGAACCUGAACAAGAAACAAGAUGCACAAGAAAACCCCCAAAAACGCACUGAAUAUUCAGGUGGGAGUGCGUUCUCAUUCAGAAUAAUGGUAAGGCCAGUUUUCUUGGAGGUGUUGUGGAAUUACGGGAACACUUUUAGGUUUUCAGACCAGGACCCAAUGAUGGACCCAAAUAUAUUCCUACUCCACUUUAAGAUAUUGGUACGUGAAAGGGCCGCUCGACGGUUUAGAGGUCUGAAACUGUUCCCAAAAAACUAGAUGAUGGAUUGGAAAAAGUAGAUGAUGCUGGAGACAUAGCAGCUGAAAACUGACAGAUGAAUGAAUAAAUAAAAUGCAUCUUUAUGAUCUGCACACUAACGUAA